AUGUCAGGUUCAUCCAACAUUGUAGCGAUGAAGAAAGUCGUCCAGCAGUUACGCCUGGAGGCUGGCAUUAACAGAGUAAAGGUAACGGUGAAGUUUAUACAAUUCACUUAGGGCGUGUUGUUGGAGCGUCUCCUGCUGCUCUACAUCAGACCCACUGUUACUUUGUGCGACGAAGAAAGCAUGAGCGAACUUUUUAGGACUCUGUUGUUUUCUACAGGUGUCUCAGGCCGCCGCAGAUCUGCAGCAGUUUUGCCUUCAGCAUGCCCAGCAGGACCCUCUGCUCACGGGCAUGUCAUCCAGCAACAACCCGUUCCGACCGCAGGCUGUCUGCUCUUUCCUAUAG